AUGGCGCGCAGCGCCGCGCCGCGGCAGCGGGGCGGCGAGUGCGGCGCCGUGGCCCAGGACGGCGCCGGGGCCCAGGCGUGGUUGGAGACCCGCCUGCGCGGGCUGAGCGAGGACGACUUCGACGGGAGCAUCCGCAUCUUCUGCACGAGCAACCUCGAGCCCCCAGAGGCUUUCCGCGAUGUGUGGCACGCCGUCCCCGAGGAGCUGGGCCUGGACGAGGGCCUGCCUCUGCUCAGCGACAAGGACGCGGCCGGGCUGAACACGGUCCUGAUCUUCUGCAACCCUACCAGGAGCUCCGAGGUCAGGAGGCUCUCCGAGAUCAUCACCAACAUAGACGUGCACAGCACCAACGCCCCGCCCAUGUUCUGGGUGCCCCACUCCGUGGCGCCCGACAGGCGGGGGCAGAACUUCUCGGACCUCGUGCCGCCAGACAUUGUGCGCGAGCUCCUGCAUAAGGGCCUGGAUGGCAUCGUGAGCGGCGAGCCAGCGGGGACAGCGCUCUCCAUCUCGAAAAGGAAAGUGCUCGUGAAGAUCUGCAAGUCGGCGAACCUGUCGCGGCGCUUGAACGACAUGGUCUCGGAGGGACACGUCCGGACGCAGCACGCGCAGUACUUGCAGCAGUGCGCGCAAGACGCCGUGUGGGGGUUCGCGGCGACACGCCUGGCGCCCGACUUCCCGCCGGUGGACGACACCUUGCAGCCUGGACUUCUGCAGGAUUGCCACGCGUACACCGUCGGGAACAAGCUCGGAGAGGGAAAGCUCGGGUCUGUCUACAGGUUGACGGAGAGUCCAGAGGCGGGGAUGAACGUGUAUGCUCUCAAGAUGGUGCCCAAGAGCGCGCGGAUCCGAAACCUCCAGCUCGUCCAGAACAUGACCCGCGUGAUGACCGUGCUCAGCGACGAGCGGUGGCGGCACCCGAACAUCACCCGCCUGUACCAGACCCACCACACGCCAACGCACAUCCUUUUCCGGCUGGAGUACGGGGGGCCGGAGAACCUGUACCACCGCCUGCAGGACCGCCGGCGGCCGCUGGCCCUCGACGACGCAGCGGCGGUCGUCGCGCAGGUGGUCGAGGCUGCUUGGCACAUGCACGCGGUGGUGCAGAUCUGCCACCGCGACAUCAAACCCGAAAACACCCACCACUUCAGCUACGUGGUCGAGCUGAAGAUGAAGGCGCCCUUGACCGAGGGGUUCCGUGACGGGGACAACUUCAAGGUCAUGGCGGUGGGACUCGGCACGGAGUUCAUCGAGGACGACGUGCUGGCAGAGACCUUCAGCAAAGUUUUGAAUUCAACAUACUGGGGUGGGAAAGAGCUACCAGGGGAGCUCUUGAUCCAAGUACACGGAGAAGAUGAUAGUACUCGUCAGAUCGAGUACCAGUACAACAAUGAGAAGCUCUCGAUGAGCCAGAAGAACUACAAGGAGGAGGACGACUACCUUCCAGGGGUCCAAGGAAGGUUAUGGAACACCUGCAGAUCGAUAUGCGUAUUGAUCACAGUUUUGGGGAUGUCAAGCUUCAGCAUGACAGGCAUGAACAACUACCUCGUUCAGGUCAAGGGGACCACGAAGGAGAAGAGCGACAUGAAAGUCAGAUCGAUAUGCGUAUUGAUCAAAAUUUUGGGGAUGAUCAGCUACAUCGUGCAGAUCAUGAACAACUACAUUCUGAUGGUCAAGGGGACCACGGAGAAGAUGAAGAACUACAUGGGGUGGCCAAACUGCGGUUUGCCUAUAAAUUUUGGACAAGAACUACGUAUGUGGGAUGACACAGAGAGUAUUUCAAAGAGAUUCUCGACGACAUCUAUUAUUCAGUAUGCAGAGGAAUUUCACUAUGAGAUAUGCAUGUCGGAGACCAUUGUGUAA